CCCCCUCUCUCUCUCUUUCUGUCUAAUACACACACGGCUUUGUUUUUGUCGGAAGAGAUGGCAUCGCUUCUCCGGAAGGUUUGGAUUUCGGUCUCCAAUCGUUCGGGUUCGAGUUUAAGUUCAACCUCGCUAACGUCGUAUAGGCGCUUACAUUUAACCAGUGUAGCAGCAGACUCGGCAAUUGGGGCUUUUGAUCGAAUUCCCCUCGACAUAUUGAUGCAAAUCCUGAUAAUUCUCUGUCCGAAAGAUGUGGCAAGGCUUGCCGUCGUCUGCAAAGCAUUUAGAACGAUCGUCGCUGAUAAUAGUUUAUGGAUAUACUUUCUUCAGAAACAACAGGAGCCUUGGGACUCAAUCUUAUUUGGUGAAACCCAUCUGCGAUUAGGAUAUCCUAUUCAAUCAUAUCCGGACGAGAUGACUCAGUUCUCAUUCAUGCAAAUUUUUUCCCAACGAGAACAAUGCCCUGGCGCAGUUAUAAUUGAUGGUGGUUCUGGAUAUUGCAAAUUCGGAUGGAGUAAAUAUCAACGGCCGUCUGGACAGACCGCAACAUUUCUGGAAUUUGGUAAUAUUGAGUCUCCCAUGUACUCCAGACUUCGACACUUUUUUGCUACGAUUUAUAACAGAAUGCAGGUUAAAACAUCUAACCAACCACUUGUUCUGUCCAUUCCCAUCUGUCAUUAUGAUGAUACUGAAGCUGCUAAGGCAGCUAGGAAACAGCUAAAAGAGACUAUCCACUCAUCCUUGUUUGACAUGAAUGUCCCUGCUGUUUGUGCCAUUAAUCAGGCAACUCUAGCCUUGUAUGCAGCAAGAAAAACUUCAGGAAUUGUUGUUAAUAUUGGUUUCCAGCAAACAUCUGUUGUUCCAAUUUUGCAUGGUAAAGUUAUGCGGAAGGUGGGAGUGGAGGUUGUUGGGAUGGGAGCAUUAAAGCUCACUGGAUUCCUCAGGGAGUUAAUGCAGAGAGCAAAUAUGAAUUUUGAAUCCCUAUAUACUGUCCGUACUCUGAAAGAGAAUCUAUGUUAUGUGGCUCUUGAUUAUGAAGCAGAGCUGUCCAAAGAUACACGAGCAACAUUUGAAGUUGCAGGAGAGGGACAGUUUACGCUAUCAAGAGAGCGGUUUGAAGUGGGUGAGAUACUUUUCCGACCACGAAAGGCUGGGGUGCUUGCAAUGGGGUUACACCAGGCAGUGGCCCUGUGCAUGGAUCACUGCCAUAGUGCAGAAUUGAUAGUUGAUGAGAGUUGGUUUAAGACUAUAGUUUUGAGUGGAGGCUCAGCAUGUCUACCAGGCCUUGCAGAACGAUUAGAGAAAGAACUCCAUGAUCUCCUUCCUCCUUCUGUAUCAACUGGAGUCAAAGUAAUCCCUCCUUCCUUUGGAGUUGAUUCUGCAUGGUUUGGAGCAAAGCUUGUCAGCAAUUUAAGCACUUUUCCCAGUCGUUGGUGUGUCACAAAGAAACAGUUCAGGCGUAGGUCCAACCGCCUCAUGUGGUGAAAGCUUCUGAAUGAAUAAUAUAGGCAACCAACCAUUUUCCAUUAUAUAUUUCAGCAAACAAUUGUUCCAUGUAAAAAUUUUAUGUUGAAGAAAGCUUCCUGUAAAAAUUAUUUACAUUUCAUACUUCUUCUAAUUAGUCAUCAUUUGUUCACUUGUGCUAUAUAUAGAAUAAAAGCCCAUUAAUGAUAUUUUGAAUUGAUUGCA